CCCUAAACCCCAGAACUCCAAGGGAAAGCCUCAAAGCAGAACGAAGCUAACAGCGGAACUCAUUUCCGGCAAUGGCGACGUCAAUCGAAGCAGCCGUGGCAUCGUUGCGUGAAAUCAAGUCAAAGGAGCCACCGGUGUGGCUCGUGCCAAAACAGGAGCUCUCGCAAGCGGUUCGAGCUGCGUCGAAGCAUCUGUUCUCGAGCCUGAAACCGCACAGCCCGAAGUCUCCGUUUGAUCAGCUGCUGAUCGAAGGGUUCGACGCAGAGCAGAUAUGGCAGCAGAUUGACCUCCAAUCGCAGCCGCUUCUAUCCACCCUCCGGCGCGAGGUCAAGAAGUUCGAGAAGAAUCCGGAGGAGAUUUCCAAGCUCAAGGAAGCUAUAGAAGGAGGAAAGAACAAGAAGGUUGUAGAAGAAAAGGGAACUGAUGACAUUGACGAUAAUGAUGAUGAUUUGGAUAUGGAUGACGAUGAUGAUUAUGAUAAUGAGGAGGAGGAGGAGAAGAAGGAGAGAGCAAGGGAAGAGGAGAGCGAGAGCGAAGGAGAGGAAAUGGAAUUGGAGGGAGAGGAAAAAGGAGGGAUAGAGGAUAAGUUUUUGAAAAUUAAGGAAUUGCAAGAGUAUUUAGAGGAGGAUGAAGCUAAAGAAUUUGGCUUGAAGAAGAACAAGAAAACAAAGACGGAAACUAAAAAGAAGGAAGAAGACACGGAAGAAGAAGAGGAAGAAGGUGAAGAAGAAGAAGAAGAUGAUGAUGAUACUGAUGAGGCAGAGGAGGAGGAAGAUGAGCUUGGACUCUUUGACGGGGAUGACGAGGACGAUGAAGACGACUUGGAAAAUGCCAGAUAUGAAGAUUUUUUUGGCGCAAAAAAGAACAAAGGUUCAAAGGAGAAAGCCAAAUCCAGAGACAGGUUCGAAGAAGAUUCAGAAUCAGAUGACGAACAAGAUUUUGAUAAGAGAAAGGAUGGUCUUUCUACACAUGAAAAAGAACUCAAGGAACUUCAAUCUAAAAUAGAGCAGAUGGAGAAAGCAAACUUGGAUCCAAAAGUUUGGACAAUGCGUGGAGAGGUAACUGCUGCUCAAAGGCAAAAGAAUAGCGCAUUAGAAGUUGAUUUAGAUUUUGAGCACAAUGUGAGGCCUGCCCCUGUAAUCACAGAGGAGGUUACUGCAUCACUUGAAGAUUUAAUUAAGACUAGGAUCAGUGAGGGGCUGUUUGAUGAUGUUCAAAAAGCUCCCAGUUUAUCAUCUAAAGCACCAAGAGAGAUCAAAGAGCUGGAUGAUAAUAAGAGCAAGAAGGGUCUUGCUGAAGUUUAUGAGGAAGAAUUUGUCCAGAAGACAGAUCCAGCCGCUGCCCCAUUAUCCUUCUCAGAUGAACUAAAGAAAGAGGCCAGUAUGCUGUUCAAGAAACUUUGCUUGAAGUUGGAUGCCCUUUCUCAUUUUCACUUUACUCCAAAGCCUGUUGUUGAGGACAUGUCUAUUCAAACAAAUGUCCCUGCUCUUGCCAUGGAAGAGAUUGCACCUAUGGCCGUCUCAGAUGCAGCUAUGCUGGCUCCUGAGGAAGUUUUUGCUGGUAAAGGUGACAUUAAAGAAGAAGCAGAACUCACAAAGGCAGAGAGGAAGAGGAGGAGGGCUAACAAGAAAAGGAAGUUUAAAGCUGAAGCAGCUAAUCGGUUGGCUAAAAAGCCACGAGAGACCACACAAGUCAAUAGCAAUGAAGGCAAGGAAAACGAGUGACUUACUCUCCUUUAGUGUGGGGGACAACAAGAUGUAUUUAAAAGAAGAAGACAAGGCAGGCUUGGGUUCAUCUCUACCUCAGUGUUACUCUUUUCACCAUAUAGGUCUUUUAUGAGCAAGAGAAACAAAUACAAAGAGCUAGGGGGGAAGUCA